GCAAUCUAUAAUCUAGACACGGUGGCUGUACAAUAUACUCAUGGUCCCUUCUCUUUACUUGGCUCAGGCUGUGGAUUGUAUACACACGACACAGCAACAAACGCAGCUGAUUCCUUUAACUUGUCAGCCGUGCAAGAUCAGAAGAGAGAGAGAGAGAGAGAGAGAGAUAGAGAGAAAAAAAAAAAAAGAAAGAAAGAAAAAAAAAAAAAGAAAACCACUCACCACAAAGUGCUCAAAUAGAUAUAUGAAAUAUGAAUGCCCAAGGUACCCAGCUGCUGCAAAUUAAACUCCUUCAAAAGGAAAGAGUCAACCCUCCCGUAGAUUACACAAAGAAUUACAAUCACUUUGCAGGUGCUCGAUAUAUUAUUGAAUGUGGCAUGAAGCUGAAAGCCAAUGUGUUGACCAUUGCCACAGCUGCAACAUAUUACCACAAGUUUUUCUCUGUCACUACAUUGGAGGAGUAUGAUCCAUACCUCAUUGGAUCCACAUGCAUCUAUUUGGCCUCAAAGGUGGAAGAUGAUGACAUCAAGAUUCGCGACAUUAUCAAUGUAGGGAUCAGCUGUGUGCGACGCGGUGAACCUCCACUGGCCCUGGACCCUUACUUUUCCAUGAGAGACUCAUUGAUUCAGGCAGAGCUGCUGCUGAUGCGAGUGCUGGGUUUCAAAAUGAAGGUGGAUCUCCCUCAUAAGUAUUUACUACAUUACCUGCUGUCUCUAAAGGAGUGGCUUGGCCCAGACACCUUUGAUUCCUUUCCAGUGGUCCACUUGGUUUGGACGCUGCUGCAGGAUAUCUAUCACUCCUCCCUCGUCCUCACCUACUCCCCACAGCUGAUAGCAGCCACCAUCAUCAACAUAGCGCUUCAGGUGUAUGGCGUGGUGGUGCCUGGAGAUGAUGAGAUCAAUGACAGGUCAUGGUUCACUGUGCUACACCCAGACUGUACCGUUAGAAGUGUGUGGGACCUCACCACCAAGAUCCUGCAAGUGUAUAAAGAGGAGCAGGACCUUGUGAUGGUGACAGUCCCUGGCCAGUGAGAUCGUUUUUUGUGUCUUGGUGAGUGAUGGGAUAGGUGCAAAUAAAGUAUGCCAGCCAAUAUUAGAUAGAAUCUUUUUCACUAUGAGUGGAAUAACUUUUUAUAGAAUCUUUUUAUCAUGGGUAGAAUCACUUUUUCACAACUAAACUACUAAUUUACUUGUCUCUUACGUGUAACAAUUGAUUAAAAGACUCAUCUUAUGAGAUGGCUGCCACAUGCUCAAAUUAGAAUCUGAAAUUGAUUCACAUUUAUUGUUUGUAGCUAUGGUAAUCAUAUCAUUUAUUAUAGUUUUGUCUUUACCAUCUAUGAUACAGGCAAUUACCAGUGAGGUAUGAGAUGAGAGUGUGCUACAACACAUUCCCUGUAUCAGAGGAUGUUAUAAUGGACUUAGCAGUUAUUAAAGUUCAUCUCCAUAAUGAACAUACCUGUUCCAAUGAACAGACAAGGUAUUGAAGGAGUGAAAAGCAAAAUUUCCUUUCCAUACCUUGAUGAAUUAUAUCAGAACUGUUUCUCUUUAAGAAGGAUGUUAGCUAGAGAGAGAGAGAGAGAGAUUCUGCUACUAGUUACCAUGUAUCAUCACUAUAUUGGACUCAGUGUAGAAGUUUAUAUUAGAUCAAUGGGGUGAAUGUGAUCAUUGUAUCUUCUGAUCCACCAUCUUAUUUUUCUUUUGAUGGUUUUCUCCUAGAACUUGGCUAUGGUAGAACAGUCUCUCCAGUUACAUUAAUUUACCAUGUCUUUGAUUUUCCUAACUUUCUAUUUAGUAUUUGUACAAUUUAAACAGACACCAUGCUUGUGUCAAGCAUUUAUUUUUUUGUAUAUUUUUAGAGCAAUGUUCACUAAGAGCAACACCAGCUCUGGUUAUGGCUUUUUAUGCUCCUUCACACUUUGUUCCUAGCUGGCUCAUCCUUUACUUCAGCUACUUCCUAAGUGUUUGAUGUUUCUCAUAAACACUUUUUCCGAUGUUAUCCAGUAGUGAGAUGGUUUCUUUCUACCACUUCCAUAUUUGGACACUAGUAUGUCAGUUACUUUGGGCACACUGGCAUUUACUUUGUGUAAUGUGUCUGUUAUGAAUAAAAAAGCAGUAUAUGUUCA